UCAGGCAUAUUGAUAAACAUCCAUAAACAAGUCUCAAUAACAACAGCGGAAGUGAGGAAUGAUUUCAUACUCGAAAGUUGUUCUACAUUACAUAUAAAAGAUGAACAGUCUGUCUCCAGAAGUGGCACUGAGCCGGAUCUCUCCGGAGCUCCGGCCGUUACUCUGCACUGUGGUGCGCAACGGACGGGUCGGGUUAGACUCCUCUGGCUGUCUCCGGAUCACUGACCUCAAGACUGGCUGCACAUCACUAAUGCCUGGUCCUUGCUGUGACAGAUUUAAACUUCAUAUUCCAUAUGCUGGAGAGACUCUCAAAUGGGACAUCAUCUUUAAUGCGAGUGACCCAGAACUGCCCCCUGACUUUAUCUUCGGAGAAGAUGCUGACUUCCUUCCUGAACCAUCUGAGCUCCCGCACUUGGUGUCGUGGGAUGCGGGUAAACCGGAGUGUCUCCUGCAGCUGGUGAAAGAGCUGUUACAGCAGUACCAUCAGUACCAGUGCCAGCGGCUGCGCGACAGUUCCCGUCUGCUCUUCGAAUACGACAGCCUGGUGGACGACCCUAACUAUGGACGCAGUAUGGAGAUCUACGCCGGUCGCAAGAACAGCUGGACGGGGGAGUUUUCUGCUCGAUUCCUUCUCAAACUCCCUGUGGAUUUCAGCAACAUUCCCAUCUAUCUUCUCAAGGACACAGCACUGGAUCCAGGAGAGGAUGUGGCGCUUCUUUCUGUAAGCUUUGAAGAUGCUGAAGCCACACAGGUCUUUCCAAAACUCUACCUAUCUCCCAGCAUUGAGCAUGCACUUGGAGGGUCUUCGGCAUUACAUAUCCCAGCAUUCCCCAGUGGAGGCUGCCUCAUUGACUACGUGCCUCAAGUGUGCCAAUUACUCACAAACAAGGUUCAGUAUGUCAUACAAGGAUAUCACAAGAGGAGAGAAUACAUUGCUGCCUUUCUCAGUCACUUUGGAAUGGGGGUGGUAGAGUAUGAUGCUGUUGGGUUUACCAAGCUCACCCUUCUGCUGAUGUGGAAAGACUUUUGCUUCCUGGUCCAUGUGGACCUGCCUUUGUACUUCCCUCGAGAUCAACCCACCCUCACGUUUCAGUCGAUCUAUCACUUCACCAGCAGUGGGCAGCUGUACUCUCAGGUGCAGAAGUCUUACCCCUACAGUCCACGCUGGGACGGUAACGAGAUGGCCAAACGAGCCAAGGCUUACUUCAAGAGCUUUAUCCCUCAGUUCCAGGAGGGGGCUUUUGCCAACGGUAAACUGUAGAUGUACAGAGUGAUUGAGGAGUUGAACAUGAUGUACAGAAGACCGGAGUCUGUGGAAGAAAGCCUGCCGACCGGCCCUCUUUAAUGCUUCUGCCCUUACAAGCAAUGUCAUUUGGUACAUUUAAAUGUACUGUGUGUAUUUUUUUAUCAUUUAUAUGCUAUUUGUGUUUUCUCAUGUUCUUCACCA